AUGUCAUCCAUUCUAAAGCUCCAAGGGCCAAUUCCGGAAUUGCAAUAUGUAGAUAGUGAUGGAAAUGCUGUAGACUUAUCUGAAGCGAUAUGGAUGAUUAAAAUAACUUUGCCAUAUAUUGACAUCCAAGAAAUUUAUCGGAAGAUACAGGAUGAGGUUGUUCUAAAUAUUUUGCCACAUGGUACCAAAAGUUUAUUACGAGUCAACUGCACUAAUAAAGCCGUGCAAUAA